AAACCCGGUCUACUCGGCAAACAGAAGCGACGUAUGAAGUAUCAUACAUUAUAUAGAGGUUUAGCGUUACCGAACAUUCUUUGUUAGUGUACAGUCCGCUUUGACAGACAGUACAGUUGUGACAGUAGCGCUAAUACUAAACGAGAGGAUAUAUAUAGUUUAAAUACCCAGAGGAAAUGAUCGGCAUUACAGUGUUAUGUAGAAGCAGUGUAGAUUAUGACUAGAGACGAUUUUAAACCGGCCUGGGGACGAAACCUAGGAUAGCACUAUCAUCUGGACAGUUCAUAGGUAUUUAGACUUUUGACAAUUAUACGCUGCAUAUCACGUGCUUUAAUCUAAAUAUGCAUCUGCAUUAUUGUGAUUCCAAUAUAUCUGUGACCAUUUGAUGACGAGUGAUUUGUAAAUCCAUAUGGAUAAGGAAGUGUAAUAUGAGGACGUUUUGUACAUAUUUUCACCAUGACAACGCAUCAGACAGUUCCCUCACCCGAUUCUCCCUAUAUGACGUCACCAGUUGCCUUCGUACAGCCGCGACAUAAGGAUAAAGGGUCGUAUGUACAAAGAUGGAAGGUGUUACGUGAACGGAAUCGAAACUUACCUAAACUUGACUUCAAUGUCAAUAAAUCUGCUACAAAGAGGCCGCAGAAGACGGCGGUUGUAGGUAUUGCACGGUCGCUGACUAUGGAAAGUAUGAAACUGCCGUCAAUAUCAACGUCUAGUGUCAUCACCACGGCAACCAAUGGGACGACAGGAGGCGCUAGCAUCAAAACUACCGGAAGUGGCCCAAAGAAAGCUAACAUACAAGUGCUGAUACACUUUUCCAGAUGGCGGUGCGGUCAAUUGGACUCCGAAAAGCGGGAUCGGGAAUCGCAGCUAAACGCCGCCUUAUCUAAAUCUUUACCAAACAUUGCCACGUCCGUACAACAGGAUACGAAGGCCGGUGUCGCGGCGGCAACUAAACACAGAUUCGAAAAAUUUGCCCACACGAAAAAAUUGAGUCGACGGAAUGACGAAAAGGAGAAAGAGGAGGACGGUCAACAUCUUGUACAGUCGGGUGUCUGAACACCAUCUUGCUCGUACUCACUUCACAGAUGCACCAUCCCAGUCACAGAACCUAUUCUCUUAUCGACAUGGAGGGGUCAAGAUGCUGUCCAGCCUUUGCAGCAGAACGUCCAAUCACUACCACAUGCGCAACAUUGUGAUGCAUUAAUAUGCAAAAUACUUCAAUGCUGAUAUUCAUUUUGAUUCUAAAUUACCUUUUCUCGAGUGAUUAAAAAACUGAUACAGUUUUCUUAGGCGAAAUAAAGACAUACAUAUUUAUGUUAAACAGUGUCGAAAAUUAGUGGUAAGUUAACCAGACAUGUCGAUUAUUAAGAGAACUUGUAUAGUAUUGACUUACUGAUUAUCUUCCCUUGUUAUCCAUUAUAACUUCAUUCAUGACGAACAUGUGUUCAUAAUAUCUUUUGUAUCCUGUUAUUACACUCAUUUAAAAUGUACAAAAAAUAAUAAAUGCAUACAGACAUAAUACAA